CAAUGAUCCUUAUCGGCAUGCAUAACCAAGUAGUAGACUAUAAUAUGCAUAGAAACUGUGCCCUUUCCCCAUCGACGGCCGCCGCCGCCGCUGACAUCCUCACUACUACCGCCAACAGUGACGGGAAUUGGGCGGAGAGACUCAUCAAAGAAUGCGCCGUCGCAAUUUCCCACAAAGACUCCGCCAAGAUCCACCGCCUCCUGUGGAUGCUCAACGAGCUGGCGUCGCCCUACGGCGACUCCAGCCAGAAGCUAGCCGCCCAUUUCUUGAAAGCCUUGUUCUGCAAGGCAACCGAAACCGGCCCCCGUGUUUACAAAACCCUCAUUUCGAUCUCCGAAAAGAGCCACCACAGCUUCGACUCCGCCCGUAACUUGAUCCUCAAGUUCCAGGAGGUCAGCCCGUGGACAACUUUCGGCCACGUGGCGUCCAACGGGGCGAUAUUGGACGCCUUAUUGGACGGGGCGGGUGACGUGGCGGGCAACAAGCUCCACAUAAUUGACAUAAGCAACACUUUUUGCACCCAGUGGCCGACGCUCCUCGAGGCUCUCGCUACGAGGAGCGACGAGACACCGCACCUCAAGCUCACAAUCGUGUCAGUUAAAGCCCCCACGGCUUCGUCUUUGGUGAUGAGCUCGCUCAUCACCAAAGAAAUAUCCCAAAGGAUGGAGAAAUUCGCCCGGCUCAUGGGCGUACCGUUCGAGUUCAGCUUCGUGAGCGAGGUUCGCCAUCUCGGAGAGAUAACGAAGGAGAUGUUAAACGUGCAAGACGAUGAAUCGCUCGCGAUCAAUUGCAUCGGAGCGUUGAGACAAGUCGCGGUGGAUGAAAGAGCGGGCUUUCUCCAUACCAUCCGAUCUCUCAACCCGAAAAUCGUCACUAUUGUUGAGGAAGAAGCUGACACGAGUGGUGAAGAUUACAUCAAGUGCUUAGAAGAAUGCUUGAGAUUCUACACUUUGUACUUCGAAAUGCUUGAGGAGAGCUUCCCAACUACAAGCAACGAAAGGUUGAUGUUGGAGAGGGAGUGCUCAAGGAGCAUACUUAGGGUUUUGGGUUGCGACGACAAGAAUCAGUCGGCGCAGCUUAUGAAAGAUGAUGACGACGAUUAUUAUUACGGCGAGAAAAGAGAGAGGGGAGGGAGGUGGUGCGACCGCUUCCAGGAGGCGGGAUUCUCGCCGUUCGAUCUUAACGACGACACGGUGGAUGAUGUGAAUGCAUUGCUGAAGAGAUACAAAGGUGGAUGGGCUCAUCAUCGAGCACCACAAGGAGUGGGAGUGAACUCUAAUUCAUCAUCUUCUUCAUCCGGAAUCUUCUUGACAUGGAAAGAUGAAGCAGUGGUUUGGGCAUCUGCUUGGAAGCCCUAACUAGCUAGACUUGAUUUUUUUUACUAAGGCUCCGUUUGGAAGGUUGAAAGGGAAAGAGAGAAAAUCGGGAUGGAAGUAUAGAAGAAUUCGGAAAGAAAGAAAAUGUUGAGGAAUAUCAAAUCAUUUUUUAAACUCAAUAAAUGUUAAUACUGUUACAUCUACUAACUUACAUUUUCAAGUUUAACUUAGAAUUUGGGGAAAAAGUGUUUUGAUUAAAGUUUAUUUAGUGAGAACUGAGAAAAUAUGUAUAUAUUUUCAAAUUUCAAUUGAAGUCAUGCAUAAGUAUAGUAAAGUCCUGUUUAGAGAAUAAGUUUCUAAUAUAUAUUCAAUGAGAAAAUUCUAC